ACGGAAUUUGCCCCAAUCGGCGUCAUUUGUCAAUCGCCAAAGUCAAUGGGUCAAUUCAAGAAGGCAGCCGGCACCAAGGCCAAGUCGGUCGCGCCGUCGCCGCAGCAGCUCGAGAAGGAGGUGCUCACGCACCAUGCCAAGACCGUCUACUUCAACGGCCUCUGGAAGGACUUUUUGACAAAGGCCUGCGCCAUGGUUGGCGGUGUCUCGGGCUACCACGCCUUCUCGCUCUUCAGCGGCGCCGGCUACAGCCUCCAGUUCAACCUCGCGUUCGAGCUCCUGUCGCUUGUCACGUCGAUCUCGUGCGUGUUCUUCUUGCAUCGCCUCUACAAGCCGCUCCUUCUCUUCAAGCUUGGCUUUAGCCUCAUGCUCAUCCAGCUGUGCUGGUUUGGCGCCCAGGUCUACAACCUCCGCGUGCACAACGUCAAGGGCGAGCUCGACAACGACCAGACGCCCAUGGGCACGAUCUGCUUUCUCUUUUGCUGGGCCUCGGACCGCUACAUGCUGCGCAACGAAGCCACGGCGCAAAAGGCCACGGCCGAAGUCUCGCAAAUCGCCAAGAAGCUGCAGUAGAAAGUCCCUCCUCGCCCAUGUCUAAUAGAGUCGACGUUCUUUUGGUGGAGC